AUGAAGGGCUCGGCCAAAAAGAUCGCUAGGCAAGCCCUGGAGGAAGUUGAGGGCGACCCAGCUGCUGCCUAUGCUCAUGUGGUUAGGGCCCUGGAAUCCAGGGCUCUAUCCAGGCCCUGGAUAGAGGCCGCCUCUAUCCAGGGCCUGGAUAGAGCGUACUCGCUCAAAAUUCACGAGGCGUGGAAGCGCCUGGCUCGCCGUGAGUUGCACAAGGAAGACAGUGUUGAUGGUGUAUUAGUUGAACUCCGCCGCUACCUUAGAGUGCUAGGGGUUACUACCACAGUAGCUGCCGAGAACAUCCUCCGUGAAAGCCUGAUUGCCACCCUGCCCGAAGACGUGCAGAAGGCCAUCCGGGUGUUCGAGGAGGAUGGGCGCCAGUUGCCUUUACCUGAUGUUGUUGCUAAGGCUCGAGCUCAGCUGAAGACUUACUCUGGUGAGAAGAAGCUUGCUGCGGGUGCUGUCACUGGUGGUCAAUACUGUUAUAUCUGUGAGACAACCGGCCAUAUUGCUGCGGAGUGUCGAGAGCGCGGAGCGACACGUCCUAUCUCGAAGCCCAAAGGCAAGGGAAAGGGCAAAGGACCCCGAUGCUAUACUUGUCAAAAGUAUGGUCACAUUGCAGAGGAUUGCAAAAACAAACAGAGCAAGGCCGGUGCUGCUAUUGAGAACGAUUUUGUGCAGGCAGAGCAGCCGAUGGGCGGGGUUGUUCUGCAUCUGUAA